ACACACACACGCACAGCGCGCCGUACGAUAAGCGCGGAGUAUGUGUGGCCGAAGAGAAGCGCGCGCGCAACCAAGCAACGGGCGCUUCUACAUUAUUAUUAUGUUAAACGCACACACAGCGUACCACCACGCACGUACACGGAGCACUUUUCACUGGCAAUUCCUCGACUGACGCCGCCGUACACAGCCGCGCGCGUUUCGUUCGCGUGUCGCCCAACUUUCAGAAACCGCGACACCGUUUUUGCCAUCGUCCACAGUGCUGUUCGCUGACAAUUGGUUGCUGGCUAGCAUAUUUCCCGAUAUACCUGUAUUCACCCCUCGUCCCCAGUGUGGCAGCAGUCGCCCUCGCCUUCUCAUCGCUCCUCUCCCGAUGUUGCUCGCGUGUGUGAGUGUGUAACAAGUAUAAAUGGUAAACAAUGGUAAACUAGUGUUGCGGACGACGCCGAAACGGUCAUCACUAAUCAUCGCUACCGAAGCAACGAACAUCAGAGGAAUGUUUUUCCACCGGGUGAACUGACGACGACCAUGGACGACCUUUCGAUGAUGGAACAGUCGGUAAGGAAGUGCAGUAGCAGCAGCAGCAGUAGUAGCAGCUCCAGCAGCAGUAGUAGCAGCGACGAGCAAGACGUCGGCCGAAUCAACCAACACCGAUGUCCAUCGAAGGCGUCCGAUUCGGACAUCCACACCGACAGGGAUUACUGUUCCUCGGACGAAGGGGGACCGGAUUCUCCUUCGGGUCUAAAACACGCUGGGUCUGUGUACGACUUUGGAUCGGACGGCGCCGACAGUCCACCUCCGUGCAGCCUGCUCAACGGUGUCGAUACAGAACUGAUCAAAGUGGCGCGAAAACGGUUGCGUAUGGUACGUGAGAUAGACGUGGCUGUAUGCUAUCUGAAUCAUACUAACACAAUAAUCAGCAAAAUUCUCAGUUCUAAGUAUUUGCGUCGUUGGGAGACUCACCAUGUUCGUAUCCAAGACGACUGCAUAUCAUCUAAUACACCUUCUGGUUUCCUAGCAAAGUGUAUCGGAUAUGAAGCAAUAAAAGAUUUGUAUCCGGUGAAAAGAUGGGAUUCGAACUUUAAAUAUUGCCUCAGAGUUGUUGUUACGAAUGGUUCAUACUUGCUUCAGACUACCAAUCAACAUUCAAGGGAUCAAAUCCUUUAUUCGAUUUUAUGGAAAAAAAACGUUCACAAAUAUCAAACACUGUUAAAGAAUCUCACUGACCCAGAGGACAUUUUAAAAGAAUUACAUAGUUUAGUUGAAUUGGCCAAAAACAUUCCAUUGGUCGACGAUGAAAUAUUUCACGUGCCUACUUAUAUAGUGAAUACAAUUAUUACUCAAUUUUUACCCGAGUACAAGGCUCAAGAUCAAGACAGAUACUACAAACAAUCUUGGGAAAAAGAUAUGAUUGGCACGUUGAGUCCGUUGAUCGAAGACUGUCCCCCGUCCGCCGAAAUGUGUUCGUUUUUAUCGCAUCAUUGCAAGGACCAACGUAGCUUGCCUAUUAUUAAAGAUUCGCUGUCAUAUACCAUUACUAGAAUACUUAAACAUAACUUUGACUUUGCAAGAACGUUGACGGCUCGCACUUUGGUUCAAGAUUAUAUCAAAGCUCUUUACAUUGAAGACCAAAGUGGUGAAUAUAUUAGAUGUUUUUUAUCAAGAGUUCAUAGUGCUAGUGCUGUGUGCCCCCAUAACAGGGUUUUACCGAACAUGGUGUCCACUUGUAUUACUGCCAUUUUCUCUGCGUCAGAAGAGUUACCAGCUAAUUGUUCGGAAGCCGAAUUCGAUUGCUACUACACCAAUCAUUUGAGAUGCUACAUUGUUGUUCUUCAAAACAUAUCAGAAUACAGCGAUUGGCUUUACGGGCUUGCUCAACUAUUGCGUCCGUUGCCAUUUCCUGCUUUGCUGUUAAUUCGUUCAAUUUUUAUGGAGGACAUGUCCUCUGUGAUAUUAAAAAUAGGACUACAUGAAAAUUGUGAUAUCCAUAAACAGGUAUUAUCUGUCCGUGAAACAAAAGAUGGAUGGUUUGACUUAUGUUCACCGAUUGGAGCUGUCUUCUGUGGCAGCUCUUAUGUAUGGACUGAAUUGCUGAAGACACUAAUGGACUGUGAACGUUGUAAGAAAAAGAAGUUACUGAAAAAUCUGAAAGCAAAGCAUUUGGGCACAUGUGUUUCUGAAGCUUUGAAAAAUAAUAAAACAGUGAUGGAUGUGUUGUGUCUGAUGCUCGAAUGGAUGGUUGUGGAUGACGUACAACAAAGACAGCAAAUUGUUGAUACGCUUAAGUCCACAGAGUUUGGUCGUGAAGUUUAUGAUGAUUUUAUGUCUAGGCAAAGUCAACUGCAUGAUUUGCAAAGAAAAGGAGGCCCACAAAAACUGUCUUUACCUUAUCGAGGAACAGACUUGGAUCUGAAUUCCAUAUUUGGUUGCGGUCCCUUUGGAAACUUAGAGUCGAUAAAUUUAGCAUUUACCAAUGUAACCGAUACUUGUGCUAAAACAUUAAUAAAACUGCCUUCAUUGAAGAUUCUCAAUUUAUGGGCGACUCAGUUUGGAGACUCUGGACUGAGGAUGAUUUCAGAUCAUCUAACUAAUCUUCAGGUUUUGAAUUUGUGUGAAACUAAAGUUACAGACAGAGGAAUAGUUUCGCUAAUAAACCUCGUUAAAUUGAAGAAACUUAAUUUGAAUAGCACUCGAGCAACCGUCCGGUCGGUAGACGUAUUGAAGAAAAAAAUACCAGGUCUCCACGAAGUAGACGUCAGAUAUACGGACGCCUGGUAAAGGGAUUAAUAACAUUUAUUUUGUUAAAUUUUUAUGUGUUCAACGUUAGUGUUUCUUUAUAAUUUGUUUAAGUUUUCGUUUUUUUGACAAUCUAGUUGAUAAACAUAUACAUUUACUCGAGUAUUCGUUUAUAAGCGUUCAACAUUCAUUAAUGUUAUAAUAAUUGUUUUACUCUUCGAGUAUAAAAAAGACUGUGUUCUGUUUUGUUUUUAUACGCAUACUUUUUACCUUUAAUAUAUAUAUAUAUAUUUAAACUGUUAAGUUUAAGUGAGCUAAAUGGAUUAAAAUAAUAAUAGUUAAAAAUAUUAUUAAAAAUAAUAAUUUUAAACUAUAUAAUAAUUAUAAUAAAAAUAAUUUACAUUAAGACGAUUAUUCGAUUAACUAAUUAGUUGCUUAAGUGUCUCUAAAUUAAGUAACGGGACGCAAACACGAGUCCAUCUCGUAUUAUAAAUUAAUUUGUUUAUAGUCGUGCCUUUUUUCAUUGAACCGCUAAAGAAAAUAAUUUAACAUGUAGUGUAUAUUAAGUAUUACUCGUAUUAUAUAAUUAAUAAUAAUAAUAAAUAAUAUGGUUAAAGAUUUAUUUAUAGAAACGCUCAAAAUUUUCGAUUUUUAUUACGAUUUUAAUCUCUAUAUAAUAAUAACUUAAUAUAUAGUUAAUAUUAGGUAUUUAUGAGUCAUACACAAUAUGUAACAUUUUUUUUUAUAACGUAUAAAAAAUGUGUAACGAUAACGAAUUUUAACUUACGAAAAACUCUUGUAUGGUAGUUUUGUUUGUGUAAUACGAGAAUUAGUAUUAUGGUUCUGUCUUAUUGUUUUUUAUUUAUCUAAAUGUCACAACGAAAGAUCAUUAACUAUAACGUAUUAAUAAUUAUAAAAAUAUUUCUACAAGCAUUUCUAAAAUAAUAUUAUAAUGUGUAACAUCAAGUCCAAAAAAAAAAUAAUAAUAAUAAGGGUAAGAAAUAUAAGGGUAAAGAAUAGAAAUAGUUGUUAAAAAUAAUAAAUUCAUGGGUAAUAAUAAUAAUCGAGGAAAAUAGAUAAAUUAAUUAUUACAAUUGAACUUAGUAUCGAUAAAAUUGUUGUAUAAUAUGUUAAUAUUUGAGCGUUUAUAAUUUUUCCUAAACUAAUAGUAUUGAUAGCACACGAUUGUUAUAUGCAUGUCGGAACAGAACUUUUAAGCAAUGUAAUCGAUGACUAAAUAUUAAGGGCUAAAACUAAUUAGUACAUAUCGCUGUAUUAUUUUUAUUCUUAAAUAUACUCUUUUCUUUCAUUUUUGUAUAAUCUUACCUCGAUGGAUAGGAUGUAAGUAUAAACAUUAAAAUCAUUUGAUAUUUAAUUAUUAUAUAAAUAUAAGAUCUAAUGGAUUUUAUGGUUGA